GUGACGCCCCCGGCGAUCCGCUUCCGCAUCUUAGCCAGCCUCGCGGCGACGCUGGCCACGGUGAUAUUUUCGCCCUUCGUUUGGAAGGUGCCGAGCAUCAUCGACUCGAGCAAGUCCAGCGGCUUGCCGGUGCGCCGCGUGGCCAUCCCGGACGGAGUGAACGGCGGGGCCAGCGCGGGGGCCGCGCUGUUCACCCGCGCCCUCGCCACGGUCGCAAGCGAGACCGCGACGUGGGCCACCAUCGGGGGCGGCGCGAGUCACGAUGCGAGGGCGAAUCUCGCCCGAGUGAUCGCCUCCAACGUCCCCGCGGGCAAGCAGGGGGGCGCGUUUUUCUGCGCGGUGGCGUUAUGCGCGCCCAUUGCGAACCGCGGGCGCCGUUUCGAGGCCAUCCAGAAGGUCGACGCGAGUCCGAGAGGCGCGGCCUGCUGGGCCGGCAUCGGCAUCACGUCGGCCGAAUUCAUCGGCUUUAUGAACAAUUGCUCG